GCAAGAUAAGCUUCACGCCUGAUCGGCCAAUAUAUUCAGCAAGGAUCAGCCUCUCCGUUCGUCAAUCCGUAGCACUGGUGAACCGAGAGGUGGAAAAUCGGACAGGCGGAUGCUCUAGCUUCAUUGAAUGACGAUCCUAGCAAGGCCUGCAUCCAUCGUCUCUGCCUCCUCACCACGGCAAUUUUGUUCAAUUUCGGUUCUCGUUCUGCAGCAAGUCUCUAACCGAAAUGGUCCUGCAGGGUUCCAGGAUGGCCGAUGCACAAUUGAUAAGCAUUGACUACAGUGGAGCAGGACGGCAGGCGUGCUGCUUUUGUGUCUUUCUUACAGCUUCGAGCCCCUCCACUAUGACUCAAUCACAUGCGUUCGCAAAUUGGACGACGACGACGACGACGACGACAACGGCUGGGAAAGUGCGUGGAUUGACUUGCCCCUCGAAUUGAAUAGCGAUCCGUCGGUUUCCAAGAGACUUUUGAGGUUCCCGCCAUGGCUGAGCAACGGGAUUCUGCGACUGAGAAAUCGCCUGCUGGUGUGCAGCCCGAGGCCCUCAAUCCAGACGAGCCUCUCGACCGUGACGAUGAAAGCCUGACGGGUGAAGAUCCGAAGUCACUAGAGCGAAGUCUACGAUUAAAGGUUGAUCUUCGCCUGUGUUCCAUUGCGGGCAUUCUGUGCAGUCUCAACCUGGUCGACUCCGGCAUUCUGUCCUCUGCAUCGGUGACCGGCAUGCUGGAGGAGUUGGGCCUCGAGGGGAGGCGCUAUUCUGUGGCUAUCUUCAUCUUCACUAUUGCUAGUGUGGUGUUUCAGCUGCCAUCAACAGUGGCCGUACGACUCGUGGGACCUCGCGUCUGGUUUUCAAGCAUCACCUUCUGCUUCGGACUGAUCACGCUGUGCACUGCGUUCAUCAAGACCUGGCGACAGAUGAUUGCGCUACGCAUCCUCCUCGGCAUCUCCAUGUCGGGCAUCUAUCCCGGUCUCACAUACCUGAUCAGCACCUGGUACACUCGACGUGAGCUGCAGCUGCGGUUCGCAUUUUUACAAGCUGGCGAGGUUAUUGGGAUGGCCACGGGUACUAUCGUCAACUACGGGCUCAGUUACCUCAACGGCCGAGCUGGCCUGGAUGGAUGGCAGUGGAUGUAUCUUGUGCAGGGACUGGCAACGUGUGUGCUGGGGGUCAUCACAUACUGGUGGAUGGUAGAUUUCCCGGAAAACGCUGGCCGGAGCUUCCGCUUCCUGACGGAGGCUGAGGCUCGCCUUGCAGCUGAUCGGAUCAACGCAGACAGAGAUGACCUUAUCCCUGAUCAGUUCUCCACUCGCAAGGCUCUCGCUGCUUUCCAAGACCCGAAGGUUUACGGGUUCGCGUGCAUGUUCUUCUUGCUGAACCUCGUUUCUACUUCUUUAUCCUACUUCCUUCCCAUUAUCCUGGAAGAUGGAAUGGGCUUCUCCUCGAAUAAUUCGAUCCUGCUGUCAACUCCGCCCUACUACUACGCGGUCUUGCCCGUCCUGUUGACCUCUUUCAUCGGCGACACUUAUCGCAUCCGCGGUCCCCUCAUUAUAUUCAAUGCACUUGUCCUUAUUGCAGGAUUCUUGAUGUUUGGUCUCCCCGCCUCCACUCAAGUCACAGUGCGGUACAUCGGCGUCUUCCUUGCCACGGGUGCAUACGUUUCGAACUGGGCCGCCCUGAACGCAUACCAAGCCAACAAUGUGGUGGGCCAGUGGAAGCGCGCCGGCACGGCGGCAGCAAUUACUGCAUGCAAUGGAUUGGGCGGCGUUGCCGGGAGUUAUAUCGUUGAGUCGUGGCAAGCACCUACAUACCAGACCGCGGUCUGGGUCUCCAUCGGAUCUCACAUCCUCAUGAUUGCCAUAGUUGGCAUAUUCUCGAUAUAUUUCUACAUCUCCAAUCAACAGCAGAAACGAGGUAAAAAGAUAUUGGAAGACAAGCCUGGGUUUAGAUACACGUAUUGAUGGAUUAUCUCACGAGACCAAGUUUUUGACGUUCGGUUUUUCGUUUUAGAGAUUCAUUUCUGUGGUUGAACUCAUGGCCCAUAGGUAUAUAUAUAUAUAUACGACCAGUCUUAAAUUAGAAGUCUAGACAAUCUAUGAAAUAUAUAUAUAUAACACCGCCAUUUCCAUGUCGCUCAAGAUAGUCGUUCAUAAAUCCGGGUGAAUUAUGUGGCUCAGAAUUGAGGACUGAAACCCUAAAGGAUUGAGAUCGUGAGCAUGUAUAUGAGCUAAGGGAUAGGUCACCUACA